UCUCUCCUCCUUGAAGGCACUGUUACAACAAUAGACGGCUCUGAGGUUUGCCUGAAGCCAUGGGCUGUCACCACUCAGGAUUCCCCUUUUAGAGCCACCUCCCCGUCUUAAUCUCAAAGUCCAGCAGGACAGCAAGCAGUUAGAGCCUGACCUCUAAACUGCUUCCAUGGGGGCUGGCUUCCUGAAUGGGAGAGAUGACUCUAGUCUGGAGACAUUUGCCGAGACCCCUGUGCCUGGUCACCUCCACUCUCAGGAUCCUCGAGAUGCGCCCUUUCCUGAGCUUAGGUGCUUCCUGGACGUCAGUAACCAAGCUUGGUCUCCAUACCAGGCCCAGAAUGCCUCCAUGUGACUUCACACCUGAAAAAUACCAGUCCCUUGGCUACAACCGUGUCCUGGAAAUCCACAAGGAACAUCUUUCUCCUGUGGUGACGGCACUUUUCCAGAAACCCCUGCUACUCCACCAGGGGCACAUGGAGUGGCUCUUUGAUGCUGAGGGAAACAGAUACCUGGAUUUCUUUUCCGGGAUUGUUACUGUCAGCGUUGGCCACUGCCACCCGACGGUGAACGCAGCGGCGCAAAAGCAGCUGGGCCGCCUGUGGCAUACAAGUGCCGUGUUCUUCCACGCUCCGAUACACGAAUAUGCUGAGAAGCUUGCCGCGCUUCUUCCUGAGCCUCUUAAGGUCAUUUUCUUGGUGAACAGUGGCUCAGAGGCCAAUGAUCUGGCCAUGCUGAUGGCCAGGGCACACUCAAACAACAUAGACAUCAUUUCCUUCAGCCUUCCUGGAUUUUCUCUUUUGUCCUACUCAGUGGACCAGGAACUUGACCCCAUCUUCCUGUUGUUUCUUCUCUGCAGAGGAGCCUACCACGGGUGCAGUCCUUACACACUUGGCUUGACAAACGUAGGCACCUACAAGAUGGAACUCCCUGGUGGAAUAGGUUGCCAAUCAACAAUGUGUCCAGAUGUUUUUCGUGGCCCUUGGGGAGGAAGCCACUGUCGAGAUUCUCCAGUGCAAACAAUCAGGAAGUGCAGCUGUGCACCAGACUGCUGCCAAGCUAAAGAUCAGUAUAUUGAGCAAUUCAAAGAUACGCUGAGUACAUCUGUGGCCAACUCAAUUGCUGGAUUUUUUGCAGAACCUAUUCAAGGUGUGAAUGGAGUUGUCCAGUACCCAAAGGGGUUUCUAAAGGAAGCCUUUGAGCUGGUGCGGGCAAGGGGAGGCGUGUGCAUUGCCGAUGAAGUGCAGACAGGAUUUGGAAGGCUGGGCUCUCACUUCUGGGGCUUCCAAACCCACGAUGUCUUGCCUGACAUUGUCACCAUGGCUAAAGGGAUUGGGAAUGGCUUUCCCAUGGCAGCAGUCGUAACCACUCCAGAGAUUGCCAAAUCCUUGGCGAAAUGCCUGCAGCACUUCAACACCUUUGGAGGAAGCCCGCUGGCCUGUGCGGUUGGAUCUGCUGUGCUUGAGGUGAUUAAAGAAGAAAAUCUACAGGAAAACAGUCAAGAAGUUGGGACCUACAUGUUGCUAAAGUUUGCUAAGCUGCAGGAUGAGUUUGAAAUUGUUGGAGACGUCCGAGGCAAAGGCCUCAUGAUAGGCAUAGAAAUGGUGCAAGAUAAGACAAGCCGUCAGCCUCUUCCCCGUGAAGAAGUAAAUCAGAUCCAUGAGGACUGCAAAAACAUGGGGCUCCUCGUUGGCAAAGGUGGCAUUUUUGCUCAGACAUUCCGCAUUGCACCCCCAAUGUGCAUCACUAAACUAGAAGCUGAUUUUGCAGUAGAAGUAUUUCGUUCUGCCUUGACCCAGCACAUGGAAAGAAGAGCUAAGUAACAUUUUCAGAAAUAAAGAAAACCGCAAGUCUGAAGAAUGUGCCACUUAUGUUCAAGGGUGAAUUUGAAGAAUUUCAGAACCACUGGUAUCCGGAGAAAACCUGCAGCUCUCCAUAGGAGCUGUGAAAGACAUGGUUGACUGCCUACCAGCCAUAUUUAGUAGCAGAGCCGGUAUUAUUUUAAGAACUCCACUAUUCAGAGAAAAGAUCUCCCUAGCUCAAAGAAUAAAUCCUAAUUAGUUUAUGUUAGGUAUCGUAAUUUGAUUCCUCUUUGCAGUGAUUGGUCUAUGCAUGAAUAUGUGAUGAUUUUUAUCCAAUGAAUUUUGAAGAAAAGUAUUUUGGUGAAGGUGGCUUCAGGGAAAGUUUUCUUCACACCUCACUCUUCAGCUCAAGGAGAAAUGUCUUCUUCUUGCACCGAAAACACCAUAUGUCCAUGAUGAGAUUCCUGGUACCAUGUCAGUCAUCUUGAAGUCAUGAGAAAAACCCUUUUUGCUGAGGUUGGAAGGCGGGUUGGAAGCCAAAUGCUUAGUGAUGUCAAUGAACCAUUCAAUCAUUCCUGGACCCACCCAACCUCAACACUGCUUGAUAUAUGAGGUAAUAAAUCCACUGGACUGCAUA